GAAUUAAAUAAUUACAUGAAUUAAAUGGAGGACGUCAGGUAAAAUCUUGUUAGAUACCAUGCGUGUCUUUACUUGUGCCUGUGCCCUGUGAUUGAGAUCUGAUCCCUGAUGAGAUUUUACAAGGGCCCUAUGAUUUCACUGACAUGCUGUGUUCGUGUGGAAGAGGAACGUAUGUGUAGGGAAAACUGCACGGAGGGAAGCAAAUCUGGGUGGCACAAGAAGUCACAACAAGUCGCCCCCUCCCCACAGACAGAGCUCCCCCGUCUAAACAAUGUAAGCAUGGCAAAGCGGCUGCUCACGGCUCCGUCUUCGUCGGCGAAAAAACCGAGAAACUUGACAUUAACCCCUCAGUGCAGAGCCGAGCAGUUCCCGAACGACUUGUAUGUGUCAGGUCUCCAGGUGAUUGGAGGAAGCAAGUCGGUGGUCCAAGGAGGGACCGUUGUCUUACCGUGCAAACUCAUCGACACCAUGGAGACCCUCAGCCAGAUUUCAUGGCAGAGGAUGACCCGAGGGAAACCUCGGAAUGAAAAUUUCUUCACCAUCUUACCUACAAAGUUUGUCAAUGGCCAUGAUGAGCGAUUUGAAUUUAUUGGGAGCUUUGAUGACAACAAUGGAUCUCUCCAGUUAUCCAACGUCACGCUGAUGGAUGAAGGCACCUACACUUGCAUCUUCACCCUGUUUCCCAGCGGUAACCACAAGACAGAAAUACCUCUAAACUUGCUCGUGCCUCCAGUCUCAAGCCUGGAAGCUAAUCCUCCUGUUUUGGGUGAUAAGGAGGUUUCACUUGUUACCUGCACGGCUGCUGCUUCCAAGCCUCCUGCAGAGGUGAGGUGGCUCACUGGUGAUCUGGCAGGAAAACUGAGGACAACAACCAGCUCCACUGAGCACGGCAACGGUACAACCACCACAAUCAGCUCGCUGUUUGGAAUACCGAGCAGAGAAAUCAACCAUCAGGUGGUCCAGUGUGUCAUCACCAAUGCUGCCCUGGGAAGUAAACAAACUCUGCCUUUCACCAUACAGGUCCACUUCGCCCCCACUGAAGUGUACAUUCAUGAACGAGCCUCUGGCUUGUUUGAAUGUGUGACUGAAGCCAAUCCAGAUGCAACGUUUACAUGGAGCAGGUUUAACAACUCGUGGCCUCAGAAUGCCAUCAGAGUAGAAGGUGCAACGUUACAGUUUCUUAGUAUGACCUCUGACCUGGAUGGACUCUACCAGUGUGAGGCCUCAAACCCUUAUGGAACAGAACGCAGUCACCUCCAUCUGCAUGUUUCUUCAGGAGGCUGCGCUGCUUGUUGGGCCUUAUUUAGUCUCUUGCUUGUCAUGACUGUUGUUGCUGCUGUACUCUGGUACCUUCAUAAAUCUGGAAUAUUUCAAAGGUUCUCAGCAGUAAAGAAACAGUUUUCAUAAAUCUUCGUCAGAUAGACCACAGCACCUCCUGACUCCUCCUCCUGAUUCUUACUACUAGAGAAUUUGUUAUUAUCAGACUUUUGGAUACAUCUACUUUCUUAACUCUCAGGUACUGUAACUCAAUAUGAUUGCUGAAAUCUUGACACAUCUCUUAUCUCUGUAAAUCUGAAGCUGUUUUUUUUUUAUACUGUUUCAUCUCUUUGUGUCACUCACCUCGUGCCUAAGUGAGUGAGACAAAGCUACAUACCCUCUCAAAACACAGUGAAAGUAAAUAAUGUGGUAAUGAGAUAACAAAACUUGAAAAGUGACAUGAUGAAAUUUAAGUUAUAAGGAAUUACAGGGUUUUUUAAAGGAUCAUAUUGAUGAUUUUAAAUCCAUUCGACGUUGUCUCCAAAAGUUAGAGGGCUCAAAUCAAAUCCUGAAUCAGAAGCAUUAAUGUUGAAACAACAACCCACGACUAAUCUGGAAAGAAAGAAAAGAAAUUGGGUCCUAUAUAGUAAAUGUGUUUUGUUUGUUUUUCUUUUGUUUUUGUUUUUUUUUGGAUGGGGGUGUGUGUUACAAUUUUUACAUUUAUUCAUCUCCAUCAAGAGUGAAAUGAGCCUAUACUGAUCAAAUCUUUGCACUUUCAUAUGUUUUGUUGGCUUAUCAAGCUAUAAUGGUUUUUGAUGUUAAACAUGCAAAACAAAAAUAUAAACAUUAUAGUAGAGAUAUUGUAUUAAAGAUAAUAUUUUCUGAGUAACUGAGGAAUAGAAUGAAUCAUUUGCACUAAUUGUAGUAGAUAUGUAGCCUGUCUGUUUGUUUUUCAAGUGUAAUUUUCACGAUAUGCAUUACAAGGUGAACUAUAUGGAAGAGUUGCCAAAGAACUUUUAAGUUUGUGCCAUUAACCCCUGGUGUUGUUAUCCACAAAGAAGCUGGUUAUGACUGUGCUGCUUGACAUUGUUGAUUGUAACUGGCUUUAUUUUGAUCAUUUUGUGUAACUUGUGUGAAAAGGAAAAGCACUUAGCUCCUGCGCUGUUCCUUUAGGUAGCUUCUUUAUUUCUGGACUACUUGUUUGUAAAUGAAAACUCUGCACUUCACGUCACAUUUUAUUUUAUGAGUUAUUUUAUGAGACCCUUUUCACAGCAGACAUUUUAACUUGUCAAAGGGGAAAAGCAAAGGUUUAAAUGACAAUAGUGAUGGAUGUUUUUUUGUGUGAAGGCAUGUCAGUGAGUGAGCAAUGCGCAAUACCAUGUAUCAUGUUAUGAGAUAUUUUCUUGUUCUGUUCUGACAGGAAACGACAUGUCGCUUAACCUUGUUCCAUCACAAUACUUUCAUGUGAACGUCAAUGUAUCUCAUCUCAUGACCUGAUGAAUGUGUAUGUUUUAAUAAGAAAAAACAUACACAAUCAGUGCCUUGAUCAAAGAACUGCCAAUGCAGGGUGAAAUAAAGUUCAAAUGAAUGCUGAGACACUAAA